AUGAAGGUUGCCUUAACUUUUCUCCUUGCCACACUUGCCGCAGUUGUUUCUGCUGAACACUUGGGCAACCCUGCUGACGAGUACAAGAGCGAAAAUGGAUUGCUCGAAGUUACCCUAACUGUUGGGAUGGUAGAAUCAUUGAACGGCACUCGAGUCGCACCUGGCUACAAUGGAAAGCCCAUGGGUCCCACGUUGCGUGUUAGUCCAGGAGAUACAUUGCGUGUGACUUUGGUUAACGGUCUUGAAACGACUGCGACCGACCGACAGCUCUACGAGUAUGUCAUGGAUGAGGAAUCGGACUAUGUCAAUAAGACCAUCGUUUACAACAGGCUUUCCGCCAUUGGCAAUGUCUACUCACCUGAGUACGGCUUUUGGGGUUUGGGCUAUAGCAAUUUGCAUUUUCAUGGUCUUGAAAAUCCUCCCCACAAGGAGGAACUACUGACAUAUGUUGGUCAAGACGAAACCAAAGUCUACGAAGUGAAGAUUCCAGAUGACCAAGAACCAGGCUUGUUCUGGUACCACAACCAUGUCCAUGGAGCAACAGUGUACGCUUAUCUAUCGAGCUUGAUGGGGGCAAUCAUCAUCGAAGGCACCGACAGUGAUAUCACCAAGGCUCCCGGAAUUGAAAAUGCCACUGAAGUAGUGAUGCUAUUUUCGGAAUACUUGCAAAGUCCCGAAGGCAACUUUCCAAUGCCAAUUUUUCCGAUUGUAAUGUCAUUCGGUUGGGAAACUAUCACAAACGGAUACCUUGCAGCCGAGACAAACUACGAAUUCACUGAAGGCGAAACUGUGCUCUUCCGGACCAUUUCUGCAAAUGUUGAUCCAGAUCACAAUUUUGUGGUUCCUGGAAUGACCUUCUAUAUAGUUGCGGUUGAUGGUCUACCACUACCAGAGCCAAUUCCAACAGAUGUUGUCAAGAUCCCUUCUGGAGGUCGCGUCGAAUUCAUUGGGCGAUUUGAACAAGCUGGAACUUACAACAUGACUCGUGAGGCAUGGGGUAGUCAUAUCAUCCCCAACGCUGAAGCCUGCCAAGCUGCUUUUGGAAUCCCAGCAUACCCUUGCAUUUCCCAUGACGUUGAUAAGCCAAUCGGAACAAUCACGGUUGCGCCUGCUUCCGAGCCGCUUGAUGCUCUUCCUCCUCUAGCUGAUAGCAUCGAGUUGCCUGAAUAUUCUGAUCGCCUCAAGUGCUUGGGCGAAAGGCCCAUCGCUGCCAACAAGAAUGUUACGUUCGAGCAGAAGCAGGGCUGGCCCCUCUUUCAAAUCGAAUAUGAUGGAGAUUUUGUUCCUCCUGGUGUAGCAUUCGGAGUUGAUGGCGCACUCGGAACUCCUAAUCGCGUUUCUGGAACAAUCAUGGCCGAUUCAUGCGAAGAAUGGCAUGUCGAAUUUGUACCGCCUAUUGGACACCCCUUCCAUUCUCAUGCUGGAAAGUUUUACCUCCUUGCUGAAGGCGGGGUUGCAGUCGAAGACGUUGUCUGGCGCGAUACUUACUCUACUUUUGCCCCCAGCAUUGAUGUCAAAAUCUGCUGGGACAGAGUUGGAGUAGAGGAUGUGGUCAUGGUGCACUGUCACGCAGCCACUCAUCUGGAUACCGGUAUGCUCACGAACAUGAACGUGUCCAGUAAUCCAGAUGGUGACACGUGCGGAGUACCUUCCUCUACUGCGACAGGCGACGAUUCUGUCCCUUCGAACCCUGAAACUUCGAACUCGUUCCGAAAUGAUAUUGUCAGUGUUGCUGCUGGUAUCCUUGUCGCAACAUCCUUCGCCCUCAUGACUUCCAUCUAG